ACACACGCUUUGUCAUGAACAGCCAGCAGCUGACGCCUGUAGUUUCACGAGUGGAUAAUGCUGUUGCGUUCAAGACCGCGGGGCUUCACGGUAAUUACUCCGCUUCAAUGGGUUUAACCAUGAGCCUCUAACCCGUGACGGUCAUGAGGGUAUUCUGCCCCUCUCUGCUCUCCGGCACACCGAGGCAAGAUAUUUGAAGAGUGAAAUAACACCGAGCUUCGAAGAGGCAGUCGGUUUUUGAGACGCCAUCCCAGCCAGAGGAACUGUUCUCUGCAAUCUAAUUAUCCAAUUUGCUUGAUGCGGUGUAAUCGAACAGACGGAAUGCCUCGUGGAGACUUCAACAUUUAUUUUGCCAGCAGCAGACGAGGAUUUGUCAGAGCUGAGGAGGCAGUGGGCAUAGCUCUUCUGGUGGUCAUCCUGGCAGCUCUGCUCAUCCUGGGCUGCUGGUACUUCAAAAAGAGAAGUGGCUACAAAAUAAUCAGGAGUCCUAGGUCAGGGUCACCAGGUUUCACAGGAGGCCAGUACUCAGAGGCAGGACCUUCAGCAGAUAACAAGAUGGCACUCACUGACUUCGGCAGCUUCCGACCUGUUGUUCCUAAUGCUCCUCCAGCCUACGAAAAGAUUGCCUCAGGGCCCCUGCCUCCCCCCUAUUCCCCCUGAGGGACGUCCGUAGAUGAUGUACAGAUGUCUGAGGAAGAAAGGAAAAUAAUGGAGAACAAACUCUAAACUUCAUCUGUUGCCUGAUGUUAAGUGUAAUCUGAUGUCUCUGUCAAUAUAGUUACUAAAGCUUCAUAGCUAAAUAUACCUAUAGGUGAAACAACAUAAUUUCUCACUUUGUAAAAAUUAUUCAUAUGUAUGAGCACAAUGUAUAUACUCUGGGUUCUUUCAAUAAACAAUAAAAAAUGA